GGCUGGACCGGGGCUCCUCGGGCACAACCGCCGGGGCUGAGCCGGGGCUGGGCCGGGGGUUCCUCGGGCACAACCGCCGGGGCUGAGCCGGGGCUCCUCGGGCACAACCGCCGGUACCGCCCGGGGUUCCUCAGGCACAACCGCCGGUACCGCGGCAGCCAUGACCGUGCAGCGCCCGUCGUGGCCGCCGCUGUACUUCCCGCACUUCCACGGCACCGAGCCCGUGCCCCGCCCGGCCGGCGGCCCCUGGGCGCCCCUCGCCGCCAUGUGCUGGCCCUGGCAGCCCCUGCCGGCCGCCGCCGCGGGGCCCCCGCCCCGCUACGCCGCGCUGGCCGCGCCCCUCGCCCCGGAGCCGCUGCGCCCCUACGGCCCCGCCGGCGCUGGGGCGCGGGGGGCGCGGGGCGGGGUCGCGGGGCGGGGGCGGCCGGCGGAGCAGCUGCAGCUGCAGCUGCAGGAGGAGAUGUGCGAGCUGGGCAUCCGCCUCAAGGAGCUGGAGCUGGCGGCGCUCGUCGGGGACGGCUUCGACGCCAGGCAGUAUAAACUUCUGAAGGCACUGGAAGAAAAGAAGAUACAAAGCAUGAAAGCACUGCAGAACCUGAAAUAAUAGCCACCAGCACGAUGAGGAUUAUUUCAGCUGAAUAUUCUGCCACUAUAUCUCUAUGGAGUAUUUUAAUGGACCUUCAAUAAUGGGUUUCUACUUAUUAGAUGCUAUUCUCCUAGCAAAUUAAAAAAUAUAGUAUAUUGUUGCA